ACAAGAACAAUGGUGUUUGGUGAUUUUAUAUGGUGUUUGUAAAUGCACGUCAUGUAAACAAAUCGGAACAUGACUAUUUUAUUUCAUGAUAUAUACUGAAAUUAGUGUAAAAAGGCUUACAUUUAACAGAGAUUCAAUAUUUACCAAGCUAGGGCUUCUAAAAGUUUUGAACCUCAAUCGGUCUUGGCGCGCAUCGAAUCACACAUUUACUGAGUGCUGAAAGAUUUACAGUGAUAAACUAUUGUCUCAUAAGGUCAACAUAACUGCAAGGCCUCAAAGAUAAACACGACCCCUGUGACGUCGUAUUCAUCCAUGUGUUACAGUUUGACCAUUAAGUGGAUAAGAGCAAGAAGAUGACAAUGAUGCAAUGAUGAAAAGAUGAUGAGAAUGCUUUUGCUUCCAUUAUGCUUAAUGCAUCUGAAAGUAGCUGGUACCAUCACAUUAACAACUGAUAAUUCUUUAGUGGAAAUUGACGAUAAGGUAGCAAUGACCUGCAUCGACACAGAGGAAGUGGCUAUAGAAAUAUACUUUGCUGGACAGGCUAUUGGAAACUGUAAUCUGUUUGGAGGGACUAUUUGUGCUGUUUCAAACGAAACAUUAUAUUCAGUGUCAUUUGAUGAAUCUCCAAUAGGAUAUAACCUUUUGACGUUUACCAUAAACAGUUUUGCUGCUAGCAAUUGUGGAGAAUACACCUGCCUGAAAAAAUCAGACGCCAGAGUUAGGGAUACAACAACAGUGGGGCAUAAAUUGUCCUAUGGAGAUAGCUGUGGAACAUGUGGACAAUGUUCUCCCUCUACCAGUAUGAGCUGCUCUGGCCAUUCAACCUGCAUGUGCAACUAUGGUUACAAAUAUAAAGACAAUGGUUGUGAUAUUGACCAAAGUGUGGAAGCUGUAUUAGGCAAAACUGCCACAAUAAAUUGUAAAAUUACUGGAGAAUUCUCAAGUCCACGCUGGGAUGACGGCUCAACAACUAAGGUUUAUAUGGAUGAGGGACAGACGACCUUUAACACAACCAACUCUAGACGGUCUCGGUCUAAGGACACAAAGAACCUCAUCAUUACUUCAAUUGAGGAUAGUGAUGCUGGAACGUACAGGUGUAGCAUCACAACACCAACUACAAAAGAUUAUACAGCAACACUGAAUGUCACCAAACCCACUGCUAUUGGCAAAGGCGUCAAAGUUGUAUUGGGUAAAACGGCCAUAAUAAAUUGUAACAUUACUGGAGAAUUUUCAAAUCCACGCUGGGACUAUGGCUCAACAACUAUGGCUGAGGGACAGACGACCAUUAACACAAUUAACUCUAGAUGGUCUCGGUCUAAGGACACAAAGAACCUCAUCAUUACUUUAACUGAGGAGAGUGAUGCUGGAAUAUACAUGUGUAGCAUUACAACACCGACUACAAAACGUUAUACAACAAACCUGGCAGUCAACAAACCCCCUGUUACUAAUGUGACUAAUGGGAAGGAUCCUGUUUCAGCUGUACUAAUUUUGGUGUUUCAAACAUUUGUCAUCAUUCUUUUACUUGUAUUUGCUUGGAAAGAAGUUAAAGCAGAAAUCAAAGGGAUAAUCCUAUUUGGUUUAGGAGUACUUGAUCUGAUUUUGGUUUCGGCAGCUAGUGGAUACCACAUAUAUAUGAACACUGGUGAUCGUGAUGGGGACCGCCAGCCUUGGUAUGUAAUGACCACAUUUGUUCUGAACGCGGUACUAUUUAUCGUAUUGCAGUGUUACGUUCGAGUGAGCAACAGAAGAUCUACCAGCCUACCCUGCCUAAAAUUUAUGAGCAACAAGGGCCCGGACAAGACUACAAAAAGUAAGAAGACUAAAAAGAAGAAGGAUCAGACUAUGGAUGAUAUUGUUUAGAAAGACUACAAUAGUUUAUACUUAAGAAAAUUAUUGGAUCCAAGUGUGCAUUCAGUGAUAUUUCAUAUCAAUUGAAAUUAAUUUUACUAAGAAAAUUCGCUUAUUAGGAAACAAAAAAUGUUUUAUCGAAAUGUGAAAUUUAAUUGUUUUACGCCAUUUUACAAUUGACAAAAGAAUACCUUCAGUUUUCAGAUACGAGGUCUAAAUUGAAGGAAAACCUUUUACGUUAAAGUAUUUUUUACAUAACCCAUAGUUCCAUUAGAAAAUAAGAAUGUUUUUAUCUGCAAUAAUACAAAUACACAGACCUUUAUUAAUUCAAGUCUUUUUAAAUUAAGUAAAUUAUAUGCCAUCUGCAAAUAUGAAACACAGUCAAGUUGAUAUACAUUUAGCUUAUUUAUUGUGUCUCAAGAAACUUUUGUGGAAUGAUAUUUAUGUGAUGAAGUUGUGCACCUGGGGUUUCGUUUCACGCUGCACAUAGUAAAAUCAAUGUAAUGCCUUUGUAUUAGCAAAUAUUGGCAUAUCUGAACUUGAAUCGCUCGAAACUCCAAAUCUGUUGCACCACUUAAGAGAGUCAAGAAACUUUUGAGUUGUGCACCUGUGAUUUCGUUUCUCACUGCACCUAGUAAAACCAGAGUUAUGGCCCCUUAAUGAGCAAAAAUUGGCAUUUCCGGAAUAGGUCGUUCAAAACUCCAAAACUAUAUGACCAAGAAAAAUGAGCGCUUAUGAGAAGGUUGUAUGGGUGAGGAAGUUGUGCAUCUGGGAUUUUGUUUCCCCUUGCACUUAAUUAACCCAGAGAAUUAGCAAAAAAAGCAUUUCGGGACUUGUGUCGAACAAAACUCCAAACCUAGUUCACACAGUCAUAAAUUGUGGGAAUGUGGUCAGAUGAUGAAGCUGAGCACCUGGGGUUUUGUUUCCCGCUGCCCAUAUUAUAUCCCAAGUUAUGACCUUUGAAUAAGGAAAAAUGUUAUUUUGGGAAUAGUGUCGCUAAAAACUACAACUAUUUCAUAGUCAUUUAACCUUGGGGGAAUGUUGUUCUAACGAUGAAGUUCUGCACCGGGGAUUUUGUUUUCCGCUACACAUAGUACAACCAGUGAUUUGCCCUUGAAUUAGCAAAGAUUGACAAUGUUUACCAUUGUAAAUAGAAAAUGUAUUUCAAGCGAGGCCAUGACAUGUUAUAUUAAAUGUUUUGCAUAACAUCAGUUGCAUGGUAAUAAACAUUGAUCAUAAUGAUUGUAGGGCAUUUAUCAAGAUGAUUUUUGGACAUUUCAAAUAAUGUGUGAUAAUCAGUAAUAGUGAGCAUAAUAAUUAUAACUCGGAAGUUUCAAACCAACAAUAAAUCACAAUUGAAGUGUAUAACUUAUGAUUAAACAGUGUAGCAUAAUAUCGAGUGCUUUGUGCAAAACUGUUGUAUCUCCAACACAAAUUAAUGGAGUAACGUCAGUCUUGCAGUUAGCCCUCUACGUGUACUUGACAAACGCGAAACUAUCUUAAUAGUGCAGUCAUAUCUGGUAUAAACAUGCAUGUUUUAUAAAUAACGAUAUGCUUACAAUACCGCAUUUAUUGUGUGAAUUCAUUAUGCACUAUAUAAAUGCAAUAGCUUGUAUAGGAAUGUGAGGGGGGUUUCCCUUCGAUAAAAACAAUACCAUUCAAUCUGAAUUAUUCAUGUCUUUAUUCUAUGCCAGGUCUAACUGCAAACUGAAAAUGUUAUAUUAAUAGUCAAUGUUUGACUGCCUUAAAUUGAUUUAUAGAGAUUAUAUUUGAUGCUUGUUUGUCAAUUAAUAAGCUCUUCAUCAAAAUACAUGAUAAAGUAUGUAUCUAUCAAAAUAUUUCUUUUGCUGCUUUGUGCUGUUAUUUGAGUAUUUUGCUUCUUUUAUGUGCGAGGUUUUGGUAUUUAUAAUUCCAAACAUGAAAGCCCGUGGUUGCUUUAAUGUAGACGUAAGUUUGGUGUUAUCUUGAUUGUUUUCUUUGUGCCAAAGAAACGUUAAUUUGUGUCAUUGCGUCAUGUGUUUGUUAAUUGCCUUGUGAGAUUAAGUGUUCAGAGACAAGGAAAUAUGACGACAUAUUUUAUGACUUAUAAAACUGGAUGUUUAUAUCCAAUAUCACAAGAAUGGGAUAAAGCUUAUCAUAUGCACAUGUGUAUAUAUCUAUUUUAUUACCUACUUACUAAUAGUAUCAUUUUUGAUUGCCUUGCCAUGUUUUAAACCCUUUUUUAUUCGUUAAUCAAAUGACACAUUUAAGUAUGAAGGUGUUGGUUAUUGUCGUCUGUUUUUGAGUUAUUGGUAUGAUUAUUUACAACAGUUAGUGUUUUAAUCAUUGCUAUAAUAAUAGCAUUGAAUGCUUGCCAAUUCUGUUUAAUUGGAUGGAAUGAUUCUUGAAUAAAAGUUUUCUUUGC